AUGCAGCCUGUCCGCGUACGUGAGGCACGACCAACGCUUUUACCCCUCAUUCGUCUUCUUGCUCCCUGGCAACACCCCGCCUCAUCCUCACCACACAUUCACGAUACUCGGGGACAGCGCCCUGAGAGACUCGGGCUCAGCCAUGCUCGUGGACGUCUGCGGCGCACCAGCAUCAGGCAUUCCCGUCAGGACUCGAUCCCUGAACGCUGCGGUACUACGGAUCUGCCACACUUUAUCCUACACCUCUGGGGGGACACGGUGCAUACGUCAACUCCACGCCUGUCUCGUCCAGAUUCCAGAUCCAUCCGCCCGGACCUGAACUUGGGAAGCCAGAGGCAGCCGACGGGAACGCAGUUUGCGCUGAUAGGCGAUACAAUUGAGCCUACGCGCAAGCUAGGUGGUGCAGUAACGACACGCUGGUUGGUUUUCUGGCUGGGCGUGCCUGCUCACCCAUGCGGACCAACCGCAUAUUCGAUAGGCAUCAGCCAAAGCAAGCCGGAUAUCUAUUCGGCCAAUCGCCGUCGGCUAAUAACCCCCAGCAGCGAGCAAACAGACUUUGCUCCGUCUACUGUGUUGCUGAUCUCAACACUUGCCUCUCACCCUCUUCAGCCAAGCCUUCUGGCUCUUUGA